UUCAGCAAGUGCAGAGCCUCGCAGGAGGCUGUUUCUGGCGCCGCAAAGGCCUGGGCCCGCUCGAGUCGCUCUCGUCUCCUAGCAACCGGACGCACUGCUCCCUGCCGCCCCGCUUGCCGCGGUGUAUUAUGGGAUGGGACGGGAUCCUGUGAGAGACCACUGCCCGGAGCCCGUGCGGUGCGGGCCUGUUACCGGUUCCCCUGUAGCGGGGCCGCAGAGCGGGCGGGCGGGCUCCCGGACAAGGAAAAAAUGAUGCAAAAUGUCCACCUGGCACCUAAAUCAGAUGAAGAUGAUCUUUAUUCUGGCUACAAUGACUAUAACCCCACCUUUGACACAGAGGAUUUAGAAAAUGACACAGCUUUUCAGCAGGCUGUGAGAACUAGUCAUGGUAGAAGACCCCCAAUAACAGCCAAAAUUCCAGGCACAUCAGCUUCACGGCCUUUAGCUACAGGGUUUGGGUCAAAGACUGUAUUAUCGUCAUCAAUGGGAAGACCAAUGACAGGAGCUAUACAGGAUGGAGUUGCUCGACCUCUAACAGCAGUUCAUGCAGCAGGUUACACUAAAGCAGCUUUGAGAGGUUCUGUAUUUGAUCCCCUUGGUCAAGCAAGAGGUCCUGCUCCUCCUCUAGAAAUGAAAAAUGAAGAUACUCCAGAAGAAAAGAUUAGACAGUUAGAAAAAAAAGUGAAUGAGUUGGUUGAAGAAAGCUGCAUUGCUAACAGCUGUGGAGACUUAAAAUUGGCUCUGGAAAAGGCAAAAGAUGCCGGAAGAAAGGAAAGAGUGUUGGUGAGGCAACGUGAACAAAUUGCAUCUCCAGAAAACAUCAACUUAGAUCUCACUUACUCAGUUCUUUUCAACUUGGCAAGCCAAUAUUCUGCUAAUGAAAUGUAUGCUGAAGCACUAAAUACAUAUCAAGUCAUAGUGAAAAAUAAGAUGUUCAGCAACGGAGGCAGACUGAAGGUGAAUAUGGCAAACAUUUAUUUAAAACAACGAAACUAUUCAAAAGCUAUCAAAUUCUACCGCAUGGCUCUAGAUCAGAUUCCAAGUGUCCAUAAAGAAAUGAGGAUUAAAAUAAUGCAGAACAUUGGAGUUGCAUUUAUUAAAACUGGCCAAUACACUGAUGGCAUUAGUUCUUUUGAACACAUAAUGAGCACAUCUCCAAACCUGAAAGCAGGCUUCAAUCUGAUCCUUUGUUAUUUUGCCAUUGGAGACCGUGAACAAAUGAAAAAAGCUUUCCAAAAGCUGAUCACUGUUCCACUGGAAAUUGAUUAUGAUGACAAAUAUAUUUCACCAAAUGAUGAUCCACAUACUAACCUAUUGAUUGAAGCCAUUAAAAAUGACCAAUUAAGGCAAAUGGAACGUGAAAGGAAAGCCAUGGCAGAAAAAUAUAUCAUGACAGCUGCAAAAUUGAUUGCACCAGCGAUUGAAACCUCCUUUGCCAUAGGCUAUGACUGGUGUGUUGAAGUAGUAAAAGCUUCCCACUAUGUAGAGUUAGCCAAUGAUCUGGAAAUAAAUAAAGCAAUUACAUAUUUGAGGCAAAAGGACUUCUAUCAGUAUGAAGAGGCUGUGGAGACUUUAAAAAUGUUUGAAAAAAAGGAUAGCAGAGUAAAAAGUGCAGCUGCAACAAACCUUUCAUUUCUUUAUUAUUUGGAGAAUGAAUUAGCACAAGCAGCCAACUAUGCAGAUUUAGCUGUGAAUUCUGAUAGAUACAACCCAUCAGCUCUCACUAAUAAAGGAAAUACUGUGUUUGCAAAUGGAGACUAUGAAAAAGCAGCAGAGUUUUAUAAGGAAGCUCUAAGGAAUGAUUCCUCAUGCACUGAAGCACUUUACAAUAUAGGUUUAACAUAUAAAAAGUUAAACAGAAUAGAUGAGGCUUUGGAUUGUUUUCUAAAACUUCAGGCAAUCCUUCGAAACAGUGCCCAAGUUCUCUACCAAAUAGCAAGCUUAUAUGAAAUAAUGGAGGAUCCCAACCAAGCCAUAGAGUGGCUCAUGCAGCUUAUCAGUGUAGUCCCAACUGAUUCACAUGCGCUGUCGAAACUAGGGGAAUUGUAUGAUAACGAAGGUGAUAAAUCCCAAGCUUUUCAGUAUUACUAUGAGUCAUAUCGGUAUUUCCCUUCAAACAUUGAGGUCAUUGAAUGGCUUGGAGCCUAUUACAUUGAUACCCAGUUUUGUGAAAAAGCCAUUCAGUACUUUGAGAGAGCUGCACUUAUUCAACCAACGCAAGUGAAAUGGCAAUUGAUGGUUGCUAGUUGUUACAGAAGAAGUGGUAACUACCAAAAAGCUCUAGAUACAUAUAAGGAGAUACACAGAAAAUUUCCAGAGAAUGUGGAAUGUCUACGGUUCUUAGUUCGUCUCUGCACAGAUAUGGGGCUGAAAGAAGUUCAAGAAUAUGUGACAAAGCUCAAGAGAGUAGAAAAACUAAAAGAAAUAAGGGAACAGCGUGUUAAAUCUGGCAGAGAUGGCAGUGCGCGUAGCCGCAGAGAAGGGAGUGGUAGCGGGGAUAAUGGUGGUAGCGCUAAGGGGGAACGACUAAGUGCCAAGCUAAGGGCUUUGCCUGGAACAAAUGAGCCUUAUGAAAGCAGUGGUAAUAAAGAAAUAGAUGCUUCCUAUGUAGAUCCACUUGGACCACAAACAGAGAGACCAAAAACUGCAGCAAGGAAAAGAAUGGAUGAAGAUGAGUUUGCUGAUGAAGAGUUAGGAGAGGAUUUGCUUCCAGAAUAAUGUACAGUACAGGAUACCAUUUAUGUGUUUUGAAAAUUUUAGCAGAAAAAUAUUCAGAAAUGAUGAUUUUGUAUUAGAAUUUGAUAAAAUGUUUGACAAAAAUUUAUGUUGUAUUUAUGGUAAUGUGUAUAUAUAAAAUUGUGAAUUUGGAGUCAACAGUUUCUAUUAUAAUCAAUAAAACAGUAAAAAAUA